UGUCCAUACAAUGAAACUAAUUGUAUUUGUUGUUUUUUACACCAUUGACUUUCACUGUAUAGAAUAAACACAUUCUUCAAAAAGCCUUCUUUUGUCUCAUUACAAAAGGGUGAAUAACUGAUGACAAAUUUUUCAUUUGAAAUAAUAAUUAAUUUUAAAUAUUAUGCAAAAAAGAUAAAGACACAUAAAAAAACCUUUUGUGAUGAAUAUAUCAAAAUCUGAUUCAGGUGUAUACUCUGUCAAUAACUCUGCGUUGGAUUCCCCAAAUGAAAGCACAGAUGCCUCGACUCCACAUGCUUUAACUUCAGUGUUCAUGGAUCUCAGAAUCACUAACCGUGUUUAUAAUGACUCACUGGCUGACCAGCAAUCAGCAGAGUAUACAACACUCAAGCAAGAGGUGGACCAACUGUUUGAAGAUAUUUAUGCUCAACCAUUUAACACCACUCACCUGAUAUAUUUGGGGACAGAAGAAAUGAUCUUCAGUAACGGGUCAGUGAUCGCCACUUCUCGACUGCUGUUUGGGCCGACCCAAGUCAAUCCAGAGAUUGUGAGAGACAUCUUUUUGCCUGCGUACAAACAAAUUCCAUCGCCGGCACUAGAGAUCGACCUCAGCUACACUGAAAAUAAACUAUCAACUGAAGAACCUUUUGAAGAAGAGAAGACCUUCAGCAGACCACCAACGACAACACACAUAGGAACACCCUCUACGACCACGCCCUCCAUGGCCACGCCCCUCACUUCCACUCCUGACAUCAUAACGGAUGCCGAAUCCCUCACCAGCCGCCUUCCAUCCACACACACACCCGACAUGUCCACUUCUGUUGUUGUAGGAAACAUCACACACUUCAUCCACUCCACCUCCUCCACACCCUUUAACGCAACCUCAAUGCACCCAAACACCACAGCCAACUCUCCAAUGAAUAACGCAAGUAUUUCUGCAGCACCCAACAGCACCACCAAUGAAGUAACCAAUGGAACCACAACAGAAGUCCCCAUUGGGACCACCACAACAGCACCAAUUGGUACAAUCACUUUACCUUCCAAUAGCACCACCACCACAACUGACACCAUCACUACAGUCCCCAAUGCCACCAUCACUGCCUCCCCAAAUGGCACCACCGCCUCCACAGCCCCCAAUGACACCUCCACUACAACCCUCAAGACCACUUUUACCUCCAUCCACAUCACUGUUGUGAACCCGACAUUCAGCUCCACUCCAUUCCCAACAGCACAGCCCUCGAAGACCACGCCUGUGAAUUAUUCACCUACCGAGGCCUCUGCUCUGGUUCCUGGAUGGGGCGUCGCCCUCUUAGCGCUGGCGGCUAUCAGCCUUUUCCUCCUCAUCAUCCUCAUCAUUCUGGUGGUGCUCUGGUGCUGUUGUCCGAAACGAAGAGUUUUCGUGAAUGAACCUGAAGAGAUGAAUCCUCCCAUGUACUACAAUCCAGACAUCCCCAUGUACUCAACGCAAAGCACGUUUGAUACAGCCAACGGCAAACAAGCGGACGUCAGAGAAAAACCUCCGAAAAUCCGAACAGGAAUGUAUGUGGUGAACAAAUGAUGGACACAGGUUCUCUGAACCCCCGACAUUGUCACUCACUCCACGUGUGAAGAACAAGGCCUGAGGAAAACUUUUGUUGGAAGAAUAACUGUCAUUCAACCGGCACUGCACUGCAGGAAGCUGAACAGACAGGGAAAUGAUUUUACAUGC